AUGGGUGUUACUGUUUCACAAAAUCAUUCUCAUCUGCCAAUGCGCUCAACUAUCAAUCAAUGGGCUUUCAAGGGCCCAUCAACUUGGCAUUGUACUUUUUGUACAUCGAGAAAUCAAAACGAUCGUCGAUAUUGUAAUAUCUGUGGUAAACCGAAAAUUAUACUGAAACAUCAAGAAUCGAAAACUGUCAAUAGAAAAUCAAUAGCAUCUAUGAGACCCACGUCAGUUUCAGUUCGUACUCGACGUAAUGAGGAUAAAUUGGAUGCAGAAAAUAUAUUUAGACAUAUAAUCCUUUUUUGUCAUCAGAAUAACGUUUCAUUUGUGGAUGAUCAAUUUCCUCCUUCAUUUCAAUCAUUGGGUGCACAUGUCAGUGGCAAUGUUACAAAAUGGCUUCGAAUAUCUGAAAUAUCACCUUCUUCUUCUACUGACCAUUAUGUACCAUGGACAAUAUGUUGUUCAACACCACAACCAAGUGAUAUCCAACAAGGAGAUUUAGGUAAUUGUUGGUUAUUAGCUGCUUUAUCUCUUAUAACUGAACGACCAUCGAUGCUUCGACAUAUUCUUCUUACACAAAAAGUUAAUCCUGAAGGUGCUUAUCUUGUACGACUUUGUCAUAAUGGUUUAUGGAAAACA